GCUCAAGAGGAAUUAUGCUCGGUUAUGGACGAUUCCUUUCUACUGAGGUUCCUUCGAUGCAAAAAAUAUGAUGUGAAAAAAGCUUUUAUAACUCUCAAGAACUAUUAUGAUUUUAAGAAGAGAUAUUCUGGUAUCAUUACUGAUCUUACACCUUCAAAAUUGAAAAGGGUUCUUGAAAUGGACUGCAUAUUCAUGUCUCCCAUGCGUGGCCCCAAUGAUGAAAACGUCACUAUCAUUUUUGUAGG